ACAGUGUAAUUGCAGACAGCAUUUGGGGGCGUUUUCUAAUAUAGGCGUUUCUUGAUAUCAAGUUACACCUAUUGACUACAGUCUCCUAACCUACCACGCUAAUUAUCCUAACCUGCCACCUUAGUUAUCCUAAUCUGCUAUGUAAACAAAUCAUCUGUGUCUGGAAACCAACCGUCUCAUAACACCGGAACUGACCACGGAAACUGACCACAAACACAACAAGAAACGCCCCGGAUUUCGGUCUGCAAUUACACCCUAUUCCACGCACACAACCCCUCUCACCGGCUGGACUUUGAUUUAGUUUUCAUUGUUAAUUUUAUUAUUUUUCUUGGAAGAUUUUUUUAAUCCAUAAGAUGAAGUGGGCGAAGAACAAACCACUCUUUACAUUGUUUAAGAUAGAACUGAAACAUUAGUUUGAAAUGAUCAGUAAAUGUAAAAAAACUAAAAAUGCCGUUUGUACCAUAAAACUUUUUGACAAAUUUAAAAUGUAGUUUUACAUGAAAUACCCCUGUCUACGUUUAGUUUAUGUACUCUUGUCUGUACAUUUCUGUUUUAGAAUUUGUGCUAUUGCUCAUAAUAAUAAUAAAAACCCUCACCGGCACAUGACGUAUAACAAAAAUGGCGGCGCCCAUGUUACAAUGGAGACUGUUGUCGGUGACUAAUUCAGUCUAAAUAUAAAACGAUUAUUUAAUCUAUUGUUGAUAUUGUUACUCAUUAUAAAGCCUACAUGAUAAAGUCUUCUAGUUCAGCGGGUCCAUCAUCCUCUUCUCACCAGAUGAAGGAAAACAACCACCCCUCCAGUGGUCAGGCCUUCCUGGACCAUAUCAAGCCAUGCUGGUACUGGGACAAGAAGGACCUGGCCCACACCCCGUCCCAGUCUGAGGGCCUGGACCUGGCCACAGAGGCCCGGUACCGCAGGGAGGGUGCCCGGUUCAUCUUCGAUGUGGGGACCAGACUCGGACUACAUUAUGACACCUUGGCGACAGGUAUCAUCUAUUUCCACCGUUUCUACAUGUUUCACUCCUUCAAACAGUUCCCCAGAUAUGUGACCGGUGCGUGUUGUCUCUUCCUGGCUGGGAAAGUGGAAGAGACUCCUAAGAAAUGUAAAGACAUCAUCAAGACGGCUCGCAGCUUACUGAACGACGUACAGUUUGCCCAGUUUGGAGACGACCCAAAGGAUUUUCGCCAUCAACAGGAAGAGGUUAUGGUGCUAGAGAGGAUCCUGCUACAGACGAUCAAGUUUGACCUGCAAGUGGAACACCCGUACAUGUUCCUCCUGCGAUACGCCAAGCAGCUCAAAGGUGACAAAACCAAAGUUCAGAAACUGGUGCAGAUGGCCUGGACCUUCGUCAACGACAGUCUGUGCACCAUGCUGUCCCURCAGUGGGAACCAGAGAUCAUAGCUGUAGCAGUCAUGUACCUGGCUGGACGGCUGUGUAAGUUUGACAUCCAGGAGUGGACGUCCAAGCAGUCUUCACGGCGAUGGUGGGAGCAGUUUGUCCAGGACGUCCCAGUGGAGCUGCUAGAAGACAUCUGUCACCAGAUCCUGGACCUGUACUCCCAGGGGAAGACUCCCAUCCCCCCAGGUCUGGAGCAGGAGACCAAGCAGAGAGGACCCCCCCAGCCCCCUGGCCCAGCCCCCCCACAGCCUCCAGGGGGUGUCCCACUACCCCCUCCACCCAAGAGGAUCUCCCCUCAAGGCAGCCCCCCACGCCAUCCAAAACGCCCACAUAGCUCUCCAAAAGAGGAACCCAAACCUCCAGAACAAGUGGGUUCUAAGAUUCCACGGUUGGAGAGCCCUAUGCCCCCCCUGCCCGCUUCUCAACCGCUGCCUGGUGAGUGUCUUACUACUCAGUAUCGAGCGGAAAAGGCUUCCAGAGCCCUUCCAGUCUAUAAUGAAGAUCAGGGGAACCGUCCUACGCCCCCAAUGCCCCCCAACUACGGUCCCCCAAUGGCCCUAUCAUCCUCAUGGCUAAAACCACCCAAAAAACGCACUCCCACCCCACACCAGGACCCCCACCCAGCACUUACACCACCCCCCAAACUGCCCCCCUCCGUCUUCCGGCCUACUCCACCAGGGCUACAACUAACACCUGCGUACCCCCAACGCAAGCAGAUGCCCGGACACGGGGUGGCCAACCUCCGGGGGAUGGGUAUGCCUCCUGGGGUGUACCCCCUGCCACCAGGCCAGCCCCAGGUGCCCCUGCCACCCCCUGGCAUGCCAAUGAACCGUGGGGGAUGGAUGAGAUGAAAGGAGGAGUGGUGGAGGAGAGAGGGAAAGAGAGAGAAGUAGAGGAAUGUCUGAAGCUAACAGUACACUUCCUGUUGUGCAGAACUUUAGCUGGGUCGUGUUCAUUAGUCACCAAACGGAAGAAACUGACUACUGAGGGGCUACCUGCACUUGUCCAAUAGGAAAUGCUCAUUUUUUGUUUCUGUUGCAAAACUGUUUGGUACACUGUGUCCUAAUGAAUACAACCCUGGAGUCCACUGGAGAUGUCAACAAACAAAGGAUUUUUACCUCAGAGAGCCAUGUCUGUUCUACACUGUCUUGGCUGCUUGUGGAAUCCCAGGCAUGUAAAGGUUACGACUCCUGGAAUAUCUGUCCUGCCAUUCUGUAGAGAUUCUAUCAGUACCACAUUCCAAGUGGUUCCUUUUGAGAAAGACGAGGCAGAUCAUAUUGAAGUCUUGACAUGGUUGAACAUAUUUUGAGACGUACUGAAAGGAAAUACAAUUUACAUUUAGACUGAAGGUUUGAAUGAUGCUAUAAAACCUGCUUGUUUUUGCUUUCAUUUUUAGUCUGCAUCGAAAAAGGAUAUAUUUUCAGUACUGUGAUAACUUUACCCUGUGUGUAUGUGGAGAAGAAGUUGGGUUUAUCUCAGAAAAUACCAAACACAUUUGUCUUUUUAUUUAGCUGUGUGAAUAUUGGUUCGUCUGUAAGUCGUAUUGGACUGGAUGUAACAUAUAUAAUAUCAGGAAUAGCUCUUCCACUGUUAGUCAUGAGCUGAAAGACAUCGGUAACCCAUAUCUGGUUCUGAACAGCCGGUGGAUAGGACCCUGGACAGGCAGGAGUGUAUUUGUACAUGAUAAAGUUACUAGGUCUUUCUAGACAGCUCAUAUCCUUAGUUAAUCAGGCUUUACUUUAAGACAAUUGCGUUCUCCCUCCCUACACACCCACACUUGAUUUUGUGUCUCACAGGCACUCGGGAUAAUAAAAUAAAAAGUAUAAACUAG